AUGGCAACACCUGGCGGAGACGAGAAGCACGAGCAGCAGUGUCGGACCCAGUCGACGUCCAAAGCGACCAAGAUCCCUUCUCGCCUCGACAAGACGGCCGGUGAACGCUACAACCUGUGGAGGCACAUUCAGCUUCUUACACUUUUAAGUAUUAGCUACUGUCCAGGGGUCGUGCUUGAGGUGGUAGUGGAGGAUAUCAACCGAGGGACCAUCGCUGUACCAGAGGCCGCUUCCCACCACACCACUGGAUCUGCCGUUAAUCCUAGUACUUCGUCCGAGUCGUCCCACGACAUCGUGGCAUUCAAGAACUCUUUAGGUCGAGAUAUCGCCGACGAGCUACAGCAUCGAACUGGUGUCAUGAUUGCGCCUAGGGAGCCGUUCGAGCAGAACCGUGUCGUCGAGUCUGUCGAACUGAGAGCUGUAGUACGAUAUUCUCUCCAGGAGCAACUCUAG